AUGGAUUUAUUUGAGAACACAACUCUUGGGUACCUGAUGCCGAAUGCUAGUGACAGCCAGUGGCAUUGUGGAUUGCUAGAUGAUGGGAUGCCUUCGUCCAACAAUUCAACGAACGCGUGUCUCGAAGCCGCUUUUCCAAAUUUAAUAGUCGGAGGAAGAUCUCGUUCCAAGUUGGAACCAAGUACACUAAUGAAAGCCGGUUUUGAUAUAUUUACGUAUGUAACCCCAUUUGUGUUAGUGCUAGGGCUGGUCGGCAAUGGACUUUCUAUAGUUGUGUUUAGAACGCCAACAAUGAAAAAGAUGUCCGCAAGUGUUUAUCUAGCAGCCUUGGCAAUGGCGGAUAUAUGUACUUUACUGGUAUAUGUACUUGCUGAAUGGCUUAGAAGAGGUCUACCAUAUCUAUCCCCGGGGAUAUCUGUGAGACUGUUAAACAUUGAUGGCAUUUGUCAAGUGUUGCUUUACUUGUCGUAUGUCGCUAGGUUCAUGUCAUCUUGGAUUAUUGUGGCAUUUACCGCAGAGCGCUUUAGUGGCGUGUGUUUUCCGUUACACACAAUGCAUCGAAAGUCAAGGAGGAUUUUAUUUUGCCUUCUCGUGACAGGAGCCAUAUUCGUCAUUUACAAACCGUUUCUCAGUGGAGAAUAUAAAAUUGGCAAACGAACGUCAUGCACCUCCAUUCCCAAACACAUAUUUUUAUCCUUUGUUUUGGAUACAAUAUUUGUUACAGUUAUAUUUUUCCUACCUCUUGCUAUUAUCACAACACUAAAUGUACUUAUUGUACGAACUCUGUACUUACGAAACCGACACACCAAUGACCUAUUUGCAGAGAACACGAAAAUCCGUCUAGAGUUUACUAUAAUUCUGUUUGCCAUUACAUUUUUCUACGUUACCUUUCAUAUGCCUUAUUUCGUGCUGUGGUGUAGAUUACAAGUACUCAACGGGCCACAUCUACCAUCCGUCUCUCGUGACAAACAUUUCUGGGACUAUUGGAUAGGUCUCCUUAACAUAGCAAGGACAGUUUUCUAUCUCAACUACUGCUCUAACUUUUUCCUGUACUGUAUCACAGGAACCUAUUUCCGAAACGAACUAAGAAGGUUGUUUAGUCUUCGCAGGCAAACACAUCGUGUAUUUAAGUCUCAUAUUCGAUCAAGCCAAUUUGGAUCUGUGUACCAGAGUUCAAAUACACAUGUUACUUCAUCUGCCUGA